AUGUCGCCGCGAGGCGCCGCCGCGCGCCAACAGUCGUCGCAGCAGCAGCAGCAGCAGCAGCAGCAGCAGCAGCAGCAGCAGCAGCAGCAGCAGCAGCAGCAGCAGCAGCAGCAGCAGCAGGAGGGGCAAGCCUGCCGCUUUGACUUUGAGCGACUCGUCGCAGCCGGCGGCGCGCGGCGUCUGAAGGUGCCGUCUGCAGAUGACAUCGACGACGCCAUCGCGCACCAGCCGCCCCCGCCCGGCGACCUGCCGCCAAACUAUGGAUUUGGGGACGUGGGGCGGCUGCUGAAGCGGUACAGCAGGCAGGGGGCGGGGCGGAGCUUCGACCUGAGCCACGCCCUGGCGGGGCCUGCGCAGGUCCCGGCGCUGGCGCAGGCGCUGGGCAGCAUGCCGCAGCUGGGGGCCCUGUCGCUGCGCAACGACGGGCUGGACGGCGCGGCGCUGCAGCUCCUCGCCGCCGCGCUGCUGCAGCCCUGCUGCCGGGGCGUCACCGCCCUUGACCUGGCAGCCAACCGCCUGGGGCCCGACGCGCCCCUCUGCCUCGUGUCCCUGCUGCACGAUCCGCCCUGCGCCGCGCGGCGCCGCUGCUCGUCGGACGCAGGGGCCGCCGCCGCAGGCGCGGCGGGGGCGGGCGCGGCGGCGCCGGGCGGCGCGCAGCAGCAGCCGGUUGGGGCGGGGGACGGCCCGCAGGGCGGGCCCUUGGACGGCGUCGGGGCCCAUGCCCUGUUGUCGCGGCUGGUGCUGGCUGGCAACCCGAUUGGAGAUGCGGGCGCAGACGUGAGGGCCACGAGCGCGUCGCUGUGGCAAUCGUGCCGGCCAGGGGUUGUGCCAGGUUGCAAGUGCAAGCACGCAUGUGUAUCGUGCCCUGUGGCUUUUGUGAUCAUUUAG